UCAGCGUGUGUCAAGAGCAACAAGAAGACUGCACAUGAGGACCAUCUGCCAGCUGUAAGACUCAGCUUUUCAGACGACAUACAGAAAAGAGAAGUCAUGUUCAUGCCAUGGACAGACAAACAAAUGCAUCUAGUGAAGCAGCAAAGCGAGGACCAGAAGCAGAUUUUCAACCACCAUCCCUACUCAAGUCCCACCAUGUUCACCUUCCCAGACUACUACCAGGAUGUGCCCGGAAUCAGCAGGUCAGACUGUAUGCAACAGGUUCAGAACCACUUGGAAAACUCAUCUAAGUACCACCUCCAUCAAACUCAGAGGCAACAAGUGAAACAGUAUCUGACGCUAGGUAACAAACUUGCCAACCAAAGUAUUUCCCAUCCCCAUCCAACACAGCCAGUGGCAAAUGUGUCUAUGAUGAGAAAUGGACACCUUCCUGGUGUGAAUGACAACAGUACGCCAGACAGUCCAGUAACGUUACUGACUCUCACAGCAAGCCAGGACAAUGAGCUUCAGAUGGAUGAAGUGUUUGAUGACCUGAUUAGCCUGGAGAAUAACUUUGAAGGUCCUGGAUGCAUGGAACCCAACAUGCUCUUGACAAACACACUUCCUUUGACCAGCAGUAUUCUGGAUGUAUAUGGAGGUGACCCAGAUGUUGAUACACACGCUCUUGCAAAAGAACGACAAAAAAAGGACAACCACAACUUAAUUGAAAGAAGACGGAGAUACAAUAUUAACUACAGAAUCAAGGAGCUUGGAACCCUAAUACCAAAAUCAAAUGACCCUGAUAUGCGUUGGAACAAAGGAACUAUUUUAAAGGCAUCAGUGGAGUACAUAAAGUGGCUCCAGAAAGAGCAGCAGCGAGCAAGAGAGCUGGAGAACAGACAGAAGAAGCUUGAGCAGGUUAACAAGAGGCUUCUACUGCGAAUUCAGGAAUUGGAAAUUCAGGCACGCGCACAUGGCCUUCCUGUGAUGGUGUCUUCAGUAGGUACCAUGGAUGUCUCGUCCAACCUUAUUAAACAUCAGCAGCAGCAUCAGACUUUCCAGGAUGAGGUUAAUGAACAAUACAUGCAGGUUCACAUGCCACAAGGGUCUGGUGUUGACCACAAUGACUGCUCCACAACAUUUUCAGACCCUUUGUCACACUUCACAGACUUCUCCUUCAGUGCUACUCUGAAAGAGGAACAUCAUUUUGAUGAAAUUCUGAUGGACGAUAACUUGUCCCCAUAUGGGACUGAUCCUCUUCUGUCUGCUACAUCACCUGUUGCAUCUAAAGGGAGCAGCCGACGAAGCAGUCUAAGUAGUGAUGAUGGAGAAGACUUAUAAAGGGCACUUUAUCACUUUUUCUGUGUUAGCCUUUGUACUGGAUUAACACCUUUUUUUCAGAACUAUCAGCACAAAUAUGCAACUUCAGGCAAGACCUCAACAUUUUCUGCUGCAGAAGGACUUAGAAUAUGGCUUUUCGUUAUUUUUUGGUACCUAAAAGAGAACAAUUUGGUGGGUUUUACAUCUUAGACUGGAAGUAUUUUCUGUGUAAAGACUUUAUUAUUAAAGGAUAAUAACAUCUCACAGGAACAUGGAUUGAGCUAUAACAAUAGAUACCCUGUACAAUACUCACCCAGAUUUUUGUAUUGAUUCUUCCAUAUCAUCAUUUGUUUACAAAAAAUCAGCAAGGUUUACAUCCACUCUGAUAAUAAUAUGUAUCUUUACUGUAAAAAGAAACCAUUUACAAGGUAUAUAAACUAAGUAUUUAUUCCAAAGAAGAAAAAGGAAACCACAUCAUUUAAAGUUACAUCAUUAUAAUGAAAUAUUAUUUGUGCACAGUGGCAACACAUAAUUAUUGAAGCACCUCCUCAAAUGCUCAUAACUCCAACCCAACUUCUUAAUCCUGUUCAUCUGCUGCAGUUUAUAAUAAAUUAUCCACAUGAGCAUAUAGUAUAUAUACAUGUAGGAAUAAGGUGCAGUGAUCAGGAAUAGGGAGAAAAUGCAGACUAUUAAUCAUGUAAAGAAGUAAUAUUCGCAUGAUAUGUUGAUAAUUUAAAAAAAAAAAAACAUGUAUAUUCACAAGGUUCUGUUGGAAUUACUUUCACCUUCAUAUUAAUGAAAGGCCAGAAAUACAAUUCAAUAUAAGCUGUGAAGAGUAAGUAAGUCUAAAAAUGACAUAAGGAAUAAGUGUCAUCCUGAAAAAAAAUUGUGUAAAAGAAAAGGGCAGCUAAUGGGAAAGUGAAAUAGUAAGAGAGAUUCAUGAAGCAAAGGGAGGUCGUAGAGUAGUGGCUUUAUGGGCCGUAGUUUCUAUUAGUCACUUUGUGCUGUGUACCACAGAGUGUGCUAAAGCCUUGUUACACGGCAAUAAAUAACUAAUCCAUGUAUCAAAGGUAGCCUUAAUUCUAAAGUGUCAUUUGGGUGUUUUAAGAUUUAUUUUAGGUCUUGUUACACAGCAAUUAUUGAUUUGUAUAUUUACAUAGUAGAUCCAAUUCUAAAAGCGUAACUCUAAAGGAAAUAAACCCUUGAAAAAUAUCAGAGGAAAGAAUUAGACAUCUGGAAAUCUGAAGAAAACUGCUUCUGCUUGCUCCUUUUAAAAUGGCCUUCAAAUGCAAGUGCUUUGCAAAAUCUAAGACAGUAACUCCAAAUUUCAGCUUACAUUGCUGCUUUCUCUGGAUGAUCAUGGAUGGUUCUAAAUUACAUAUGGAUUGAUUAUAUGACAGAAGACAAAACUGUGCUUAUGCAACUCAGGGUAUAUUGUCUUAAUACUACCACAAGGUAUCUUAUAUAAAAGAUAAUAAUAACACUUAUAUUAUACCACCUAGACUCCUCACUCAUACUGUAGCAUGUGCACACAUCCAAAUACAUGAAAUCUAUGUGUGACUGACAUCAAAAGGGAGCUGGGAGAUAAGUUGUUGCUGGCAUUUAGUACAUUAUUACUAAAAUGAGUUUCCGGGAGUUAUUCUUGUUGGUACAAAACUGCCUGGACUUGUAAAUAGAUUAAACAGGCAAUGUUUAACUGAAAUCAAUAUAAGCAUUUGUGAAAGAAAACUGUUAUCUUCAAAAUGAUAGUAAUCACUACCUGUUUUAUGAAACAUUUAUCUGUUACCAGUACUAGAAAUCUCUUUUUAAGUUCUUAAAUGCAAAGGUAAAUAAUACAGUAAAUAUAUUUCAAUAAGUGUAAAUAAGGGUCAUUAUUGCCCUUAAAUAAAAAUCCAAGAAUAUGCUUUCGUAACAUUUUUAAUUUCUGUAUUUAUGCAUUUUUAAUCCAUUAUUUUUAAAUAAUUUGUAAUUUAGUACAGUAUCUAACACAUGACUUGUUUAUUCUCAAGAAAAGACACAUAAUGUUUUGAUAAACUCGUGACUUUUUACUAAAUGUGUGUGAUAUAAUUAAUUCAUCAGAGAGUUCAUUCCUAAGUAUUAGCCAUUUGAAACAAGUUUACAGCAAAACAUAACUGUCCAGCUGAGUGAAUCAUCACUUUACAGUAUUACAAAAGAGAUGAAAUAAGAAAAGAAACAGAUUCAUGGGAACACACUUGCAUUUGGGGAGCAGUAUUACAUUGUUUAAAAUAAUAUGUUUGAAGGAUUUUAUGUUACUUCAUUAAGUUCUUAUAGUCUGACUGCUUUUAUUUUUCCUGUGGCCAAAAUAAUAAAAUAUUUUCUUACUGCA